UCAACAAUGUCUUUGUCGACUCAUUACCAUGCGCACAAGCCAAAUGUGCCCAUUAUAAUGGAGGAUGUGUUUGGAUGGGUCCGCGAGGGUAACGCUUUUCAGGUCCGCGUCUGGUUGGACGAUCACGAGCACGAUCUCAACGUCGGAGACGAUCACGCCUUCUCACUGCUCCACUGGGCCGCGAAGGGCGGCCACGUGGCGAUUGCAGAGAUGCUCCUGUCACGUGGAGCACGUGUAAACUCUACGAAUAUGGGAGAUGACACGUCAUUGCAUUUGGCGGCCGCCCAUGGACACCGACAAAUUGUGGUGAAGCUUUUGUCGAGAAAAGCCGAUGUUAACGCUACCAACGAGCACGGAAUGACUCCACUGCAUUAUGCUUGCUUUUGGGGAUAUGAACAAAUUGCUGAGGACCUAAUCUCCUGCGGCGCCGCUGUCAACGUGUGCAACAAGAAGGGAAUGACCCCACUGGACGUUUGCCAGCCAAUGUGCAAAAACACUAUUUUGGAAAUUGCUCAAGAACAUGGACAAUCUCCAAAUGACCGUGUACCAUUCAAGGAUACCACAUGGAAGGGUACAAAGUCCCGUACUCGGGACGCCACACUGUCCCGCUACACCGGAGUCGACGUCUCCUCGCUGAAUUUGAUCACUAAAAUCGCUGAAUCACACUCCGGAGAACUGUGGCGUGGAAAAUGGCAGGGCAACGAUAUUGUGGCGCGAAUUUUGAAUGUUCAAGAAGUGACCGCCCGUAUCUCACGUGACUUCCAGACCGAGUUUCCGGCUCUUCGUAUUUUUGCUCAUCCGAAUAUUUGUGCGGUGCUCGCCGCGGCUAACCAGCCACCGAACUUGGUGAUCAUCUCGCAGUACAUGCCAUUUGGAAGCCUGUAUAACGUGCUCCACGAGCAAAGUUCUGUCGUCAUUGAUCACGGGCAAGCCGUCAGAUUCGCGUUGGACAUUGCUAGAGGAAUGAGCUACUUGCACAGUUUGGACCCUAUGCUUUUGAGGUUCUACCUCUCCUCCAAACACGUUGUAGUCGACGAGGAGCUCACCGCCAAACUCUCAAUGGCAGAUACGAAAUUCUCGUUCCAAGAGGUCGGAAAAGCCUAUUCGCCUGCCUGGAUGAGCCCAGAAGCCUUGUCACGGGCUCCAGAAGACUUGAAUAUUAGAGCUGCCGAUAUGUGGUCAUUUGCUAUAUUGUUGUGGGAGCUGAACACUCGUGAGGUCCCAUUCUCUGAUCUACCGCCAAUGGAAUGCGGAAUGAAGAUCGCUCUGGAAGGUCUCCGAGUGCACAUUCCCCCUGGAAUCGCCCGUAAUAUGAACCGUUUGAUGAACAUUUGCAUGAACGAGGACCCGGGACGUCGGCCAAACUUUGAUCAAAUCAUUCCGAUUUUAGAGAGAAUGAUAUUAUGAUUUAUCGAUUUUGCUUUUCUAAUGUUUUCAACAAUUUUUUUAAAAUUCAAUUUAUCAAAGCUUUACAUCAAAAGUGCCUGCUCCUUGUCCAGCCCCAUCGCAUUUUCCGUCUAUAUAUUAAUUUUAAAUGUUAAACUGUCAAAAAAAAUUGCUCAAUUUAUGAAAAAAUCAAUAAAAUCUUAUGAAAUGU